GGACACGGAAGUGUCUUCUCCGGGACAUCGACCCUGCACAUCGGCCAACCUCGCCAGCCUCAUCAAACAUCCCGGGAAUCCAAAUCCCAGAUGAGACGCUUGAGGCCCGAGAAAAGUGUCACGGGAAAGGUUGGAGCAGUGUCAUCGGAGAAAGCGAAGAACAAGUAGAAGGGACCGGCAGUCCCGGAAGGUCUGCCUUCUGCAGUUGCCAGGCAACAAAGGUAAACAGCGAAAAGUGGCAGGAUCAUGGCCACCAACUACAGUGCAAACCAGUAUGAAAAAGCUUUCUCACCCAAGUAUCUGCAGAACUGGUCUCCCGCCAAGCCAACAAAAGAGAGAAUUUCUUCCCACGAAGGCUACACUCAGUUUAUCGCCAAUGAUCGUGGCCAUCUGCUGCCCUCGGUGCCCCGUUCCAAGGCAAGUCCUUGGGGAUCCUUCAUGGGCACCUGGCAAAUGCCUCUGAAGGUGCCCCCCGCCCGGGUGACCCUGACCUCCCGUACAGUGGCUGGUGCUGCCUCCCUCACCAAGUGGAUACAGAAAAAUCCGGAUUUACUCAAGGCCUCCAACGGGCUGCGUCCUGAAAUCUUCGGCAAGCCUCAGGACCCAGACAGUCAGAGGAAACUCGGGAAGUGGAUCACAAAGACCGUACAACAAGCACCAAGUCCCACCAUAAUCCCCAACUCCCCAGCUGUAAACCUCAGUUCCCCAGACCAACCCCAAAGCUCACACCCCUCUGCAGGUCACACUCCAGGCCCCCAAAGCCCAGCCAUCUCUCCCAAGAGCCCACCUGGGAGCCCGCGCAUGCCGGAGCACUGGGCAGGUCCUAAUUUAGCUGAGGUCCAGACGUACAAACCUGGAACUCCGGAGACACCCAGGGACCCCACUGAGAAAACCUGUCUGGAGACUGAGCGAAGGAAGCAAGACCCCUGGUGAGGGAUAUAGAACAGGGAGAUUUCAGGGUGGGAAUAAAGGUACGUUUGGAAAAUAAACAUCAUUUGUUGAAUCUUUUA